AUGGGGAAGUUUCAUAAUCGUCUGUACAAAACUGACCGUGCGCGGGAUUUCGAUCAUGAACAGGAUCGAUAUGUGCGCAUGCGACAGAUCUAUGAAACCAUCGACCGGCAGGGAUACCAAUGGGUGGUUGUUUUUGUGGCCGGUCUGGGUUUCUUCCUCGAUGGAUACACUCUCUUCGCCAGUAACAUGGCCCUCCCGAUGAUCUCCUACGUCUACUGGAGAGAUGAAGUUUCCUCGAUCCGUCUGACCUGCAUCAAUAUCGCGACGUUGGCGGGCACCCUGCUGGGAAUGGUCAUGUUCGGGUUUCUGGCCGACAAGUACGGCCGCAAGAAGAUGUACGGUGCCGAACUGGUACUCUUGAUCACCGCUACAUUGGGCGUGGUCAUGUCGUCCACCGGCGAAGACGGGAGUAUGAAUAUCUAUGCCUGGUUAAUUUGGUGGAGAGUCUGCGUCGGUAUCGGCGUGGGUGCCGAUUACCCAUUGAGUGCUGUGAUCACCUCCGAGUUUGCUCCGACAAAGCACCGCGCCCGUAUGAUGGCCAGCGUCUUCUUCAUGCAACCUCUCGGGCAAAUCGCCGGAAAUGUGGUUUCGCUGAUCGUCAUCGCCGUUGCUCGAGGCAGUGGCGGCGAUAACAUCACCAGUACCAUGGACAGCGCAUGGCGCUGGGUACUCGGCAUCGGAGUCGUUCCCGGUGCUAUUGCAACCGUCUUCCGUUUCGCCAUUCCUGAGAGCCCGCGUUACCUUGUCGACAUUGAAGAUGACCCUGUUACCGCCGAGUUCGACGCCACGACCCUGUUCAGCGAGCCCCCCAUCCCCAUGAGUCCUGGGUUUAACGAAACCGGUAGCUUCACUACCGUUACCGUCGGUAGUGGCAUUCAGUUGCCCCCGAUGUCCUCUCUUACGAGUGCUUCUAUCCAUGAAGACGAGGAGUAUACUACUCCCGUGCCACCCGCCACCCUCAACUCCCACUGGCGUCUUGCCCGCGCCGAUAUCAUCAGAUACUUCUGGACGGAAGGUAACUGGCGCACACUGGCUGGCACCUCGAUCGCGUGGUUACUGCUUGAUUUCGGGUUUUAUGGUAUCGGUCUCUCGAGUCCGCAGUUCCUUGCUAAAACCUGGGGUGCACUGCACAUUACGAAAUCAGAGCCGAACUGGAUGACCGACAGCCGACCCGGUGCAAGUGUCUACGACAUGUUCUUCCAGACCUCUGUUCGCGGUCUGAUUGUCCUGAACAUCGGCAGCUUCGUCGGCGGUCUCCUUCUCAUUCUUUUCGCCCACCGCAUCGAUCGCGUUGCCCUGCAGAAAUACAUGUUCCUCGCCUUGGCUGCUCUCUUUAUCGCCCUCGGCUGCAUGUUCAUCACACUCGUAUCCAGCCCUCCGGCUGUCGUGGCCUUGUAUAUCCUCGGCCAGAUCCUCUUCAACUUCGGUCCCAACGCAACAACCUACAUGAUCCCGGCCGAGGUCUUCCCCACUCGCUACAGAGGCACCUGCCACGGCAUCAGCGCCGGAGCUGGCAAACUAGGCUCGAUUCUCGUUCAAAUCUUCUCAACAUACUAUCGCUUCGGCACAGGCCUCGGCAGCGUAUCAACCCUCCACCACGGAAUUAUUCUUUUUGUUUUCAGCGCCUGUAUGAUCAUAGGCGCUGCUGUCACUCAUUUCUGGAUCCCGCCCCUUUCACAACGAAAGGGUCGCAAUCUGAUCUGGGGAGGAAAACCUUACACCCUUGAGACAUUGGCCCUCGGCCGGAUGGGCCACAAGAGUCGCGAUGCGGGCCUCAGGAAGAGGUCAUCCAGGCAGCGUGCUAUGUCCUUUAAUGGAUAG